GGAAACGCGUUUGGUUGUGACUGACUCUCUGUGCUUGCCGUCGAGUCGCUGCUGUCAGGAGCCGGGGGGCGGGGCGGUGGCGGAGGCUGAUGGCUGCGGUCUUCCUGGUGAUGUUGUAUGAAUAUUCUCCACUCUUCUACAUAACCCUCAUCUUCUUGUGCUUCUUUGUAACUACCGCCGUCAUACUGGGAUGGUUUGUUUGGGAUAUUCCCGUAAUUAUCCGGAAUUCGGAGGAGACCGAGUCCGGGGCCACAGUGCAAAAAAAACGCAUGGUGCAGGUGAAAAACCCAUUCGCACUGGAAGUUUUGAACACCGAUGCUGCAUCAGUUAUAGGUGGAGUAAGUCUCAAAUCUCAUUGCAUAGAGAAAUGCAUUUUGACUGUCUACUGGGGAUGCAAUGUUCACAAACUUCAUGAAGGAUUACAAAAACAUGUUUACAGCUUCAGAAUAAAGGUGCCCCAGAAACUAGAAGAAGCCAUAGAUCAAGAAUACCUUCAUCAAGAGACAUUUCUCAUUGAGAAACAAAAUGACAAUGAAAAGUUCUCUCAGCUACCUAAAUAUUUAGCAGUAAAAGAUUUCGGGAAUCUGCCUCGAACACGAUAUCCACUGGUAGCAUUGUUAACAUUAGCAGAAGAGGAAGACCGGGAUAUUUAUGAAAUUGUUUCUAUGGUCACAGUAAUUCAUGUUCCAGAUGAGAAAUACAGACUCACCUGCCGGAUCUUAUACCAGUAUCUGCUGACUGCACAAGGUCACAUAUAUGACCUUAAGAGACUGUUUGUACCUGUUGAUGAAACCAGUUUACCUGCACAACUGCCUUCAGAAACUGGCCUGGACAAAAAACUCUUGGAAAAAUUUGGCACCACAGAAGAAGAGCUUGACUCACAAAACGAAAGCAGCAAAGAUUGUGUUGUGUGUCAGAAUGCUGCUGUGAACUGGGUUCUGCUGCCUUGCAGACAUGCCUGUCUAUGUGACUGUUGUGUGAAUUACUUCAAUCAAUGUCCCAUGUGCAGAGAGUUUGUUGCAGAAUCUUUUGCCCUCUUACGAACAGAAGAAGUUGGUGCAGUUAAAGGUGACACUGAUAAUCAGAUAUUUGAAGAUAUCUGGGAAGAAUCAGAUGAGGAAAACAUUCAUAAUGAUGUAAAUGAACAGCUUGACCUUUAAUGAAAAAAGCAAAUUAAAUUUGGCACAUACAGCUUCUACAAUAUCAAAGGUCUGUGUGCAAUCUACAGUUAUAAACCUUGAUGAAGGAUUAUGUAAGAUGUUUUGUAAUUAAGUUAUGCAAGUUAUUUGAGACAUCAUUAUUUCUGAGUAGUUUAAAACAGGGAUAACGUUUACGUGUGUGUGUGUGUGUGUGUGUGUGGAGGGGGAGCGGGAUUCAAAAGUAUUAUAUUAACAAGUAAUUCAAUAGUUUAAACUUCUCCAGAAGCACAAUAACAUACAGCUUAAUUUAAGUAAAUUAGACUUUGACUUUUUUAAACAUCAACUUAUUCCUACAUGAUAAAUUGUUUCAGGUUUUUGCAAGCUUUAGUGGUAAUUAUAUUCAAAUCUUCACUUUUCUUACUUCUUGUGGAACAAGUCAUAAUAUUUCUGUAUCUAUCUCAAAAAAUUUCAGUGAUUAUGCCUGUUUUUACAAAACUCAUCAUAAGUGGACAUUAAUUUAAGGACCUGUUUAGAAUUUUUCAUCUUGGUUUCCCAGCUACAGUCAGCCAUGUUUUGUGAGUCUGUCAAGCAGGUAGGCCUUUGGCCUUGGGAAGUAGAGAGGAGGGAGGAAUUGUAAAAAGUCUGGGUGAGUGGAGUAAAAAUCAGAGACCUGCCUGGGGCAGAUCAGAAUGUUGUAGAGGAGAUCACACAAGUUAGUAGUAAAUCAGGAGUUCUGAUUGUGAGAGCUGGAUAAAACAGAUGACCUAGAAAGACAUUUGCCUUCCAGCAGUCCUCCCCACCCUUUAGUCAACAGAUUCAUAUAAUGGUUACAGCGCAGAAGGAUGUUAUUCAGUCUAUUGCCAGUGUUGGCUUUCCAAAGAACCAAAUUACCCAUUGUCUCACUCUAACUUUUUCCUUUGUAGCCUUGCAUGUUCCUACUUUUUGGAUAAUAAUUCAGUACCCUCAUAACUGCCUCAAUCAACCCUGCUUCCAGCACAUUCAGGCAGUGCUUUCCAGAUUCCAACCAUUCCAUACAUGAGAAGGUUUUUCUUCAUGGCUCUGAUGCUUUUGUCAGUUAUCUCAUUUGUACUGUCCUGUUCCCAUUGAUGGAAGGACCAAGAAUACUUUUCCCAUCUAUUCUGUCAGACCCCUCAUGAUUUUAUAUACUUCCACUGAAAUUCCUUGCAAGCUUCUCCAAGAGUCCCAAGCUCACUAGCCUAUCUACAUAAUGAAGUUCCUCAUCCCUGGAACCAUUCUCAUUAACCUUUUCAACACUCUCUCUCGCACUUUAACAUCUUUUCUGAAGUGUAGUACCCAAGACUGGAUGCAAUACUCCAGCUGAGGCCAAACUAGUGCUCCAUACAAGUUUAAUGCAACCUCAUAAAAACCGAAAGAACUGCUGGAAAUCUGCUCCAUUCUGAGGAAGGGUCACUGCAUCUGAAAUGUUAACUCUGAUUUCUCUCCACAGAUGCUACCAAACCUGCUGAGCUUUUCCAGAGAGUUGUUUUUGUUUAACAUAACCUCCUUGCUUUUGCACUCUAUGCUCCUUUUGAUAAAACCAUGUAUUUUAUGAACCACUCCCUUAACCGGCCCUGCUCUUUUCAAUAACGUACCUACAUAUACACUCAGCUCCCUCUGCUUCAGUACUCCUUUACAAUUGUACCUUUUUUAAGGUUGUCUCUCCUCAUUCUUACUACUAAAAUGGAUCACUUUCCAUUGCACUGCAUUUCAUUUCAUUUGCCACUUGUCUGUCAUUCAACCAACUUAUUUAUGAGCUCAGAUGGUUCUAAAUUUAUCCUCCUCACUGUCAGAAGUCACACGACACCAGGUUAUAGUCCAACAGGUUUAUUUGAAAUGACAAGCUUUCGGAGCGCUGCUCCCUUGUCGGGCGAUGCGACUUCACCUGACGAAGUAGUAGUGCUCCAAAAGCAGGUGAUUACAAAUGAAUCGUUGGACUAUAAUCUGGUGUCGGGUGACUUCUGACUUUGUCCACCCCAGUCCAACCCCAGCAUGUCCACAUCAUGGCUCCUCCAUGUUGAUGAUGCUUUCAAAAUUUAUCAUAUUUGAAAUUAUGCUCUAUUCACCAAGGUCUAGAUCAUUAAUGUAUGUCCUGAAGAACAGUGCCCCUAACACCUCCCUGGGGCACCUCAUUGCACAUCUUCCUCCAGUCCAGGAAAAAUUGACUAACUAUGACUGUUUCCAGUUUCUCAGCCAAUUUUGUAUCUACAUCACUAUGAUCCCUUUUUAUUUCAUGAGUCAUAAUUUCACUCAUCCAGUGUAAAAUCACAUUAUAUUUAUAAAUCCAUAUGCACUAUGUCAACAGCAUUACCUUCAUCAACCCUCUCUGUUGCCUCAUCAAUAAACUCCAGAAAGUUAGUUGAAUGUAGUCUGCCUAUAACAAAUUUAUGCUGGCUCUCAUUAAUUAACUUGCAUUAACCCAAAGGACUAAUUUCUCCUAAAUAAUUGUUAGUGGAAGCUUCCCUGCUGUUAAGGUUAAACUGCCUGUCCUGUAGUUUCUGGAUUUAUCUUUUUAUCAUUUUUAUAACAAAGAGUGUAAGUUUUGCAAUUUUCAGACCUGUGGCACCAUCCCAAGUCUAAGGAAGACAGGAGAAUUGUGUCUAAUGUCUCUGUAAUCUCCACUUGCACUUCCCUCAUGUAUGCUUCAGUGUAUUAUUGCAUUUGGUCCUGGUGGCUAGUCAACAAUAAUACAGUUAACCUAUCCAGUGCCUUCUCCUUAGAUAUUUAAGAUGGUUCAGGUGUAUGAAUUAUCACUUCUUUUACCACGACUUGUGUAGCAUCAUCUUCUUUGAUUAACUUAGAUGCAAAGUAUUUUUAAAAUACCUCAGCUAUGCCCCCUACCUUCUAACCCACUCCUACUUUUACCAUCGAUUUUACUAUUUAUAUCCCUGUCGAAGGCUUUUGGAUUCUCUCUUGUGUUCACUGAUGGUCUCUUUUCAUUUCUUUUAUGAAACAAAGACCUGUGAGUGCUGCAGAUCUGAAACAAAAACAGAAAUUGCUGGAAAACCCAGCAGGUCUGGCAGCAUCUGUGGGGAGAAAGCAGUGUUAACGUUUCAAGUAUUUAUCAAAAGAUUUUUUUAUUUGAUUUUUCACUUUUUACAUCUGAAGUUUAUAUAUUUUAACCCGGUUGAUUGUGUAUUAGCCACCUGACAUAUAUCAUAAACAUACUUUUUUCUUCAUCUCUACUUUUUCAUCGUUCAGAGCACUUUGAAUUUGUUUGGUCUAUUUUUCCCCUUGAAAAUAUACCACGCCUGUAUUCAAAUCAUCUCCAGUCAACUUGUACCAUUCCUGCCCUUCUUUGAAUCAGGUCUCUGAUAUAGCCAGGAUGUCAUAUUUCCACAUGGCAGUCCUUGUCUGCAUUCUUACUAAUCUUGUUUACUGAGAGAAAUGCACUGUCAUGCAUGCAUAGUAACCCUAAUGUGGAGUUGAUUACCUUUUCCCCUAAUCUAAACCCACAUAAUACCUCUUUCCUAAUGCUAUCUGUCUCCUCCAGAAUUCUGUACAUCUUGGUGUUUCUCUCUGAUGUUAGCUGCUGUCAGUCCGGUCAAUAUCCUAUUAAACUUCCUUUAAGAGUACGAGCAAGUUGUCCCACAAGCAUAUCUGUUUAGGUGCACCUUGCCUGUACGACUUAUGUCUGCCCCAGAAUCUGAUCUCAAUGUUCCAGGAAUCACAGGUCGCUCUCAUCCAGUCUUUCGAGCCGUUGGCACGUUUGUCUCAUCUUCCAAUUUCUAUAUUCACUUGUGCACAAAACCAGUAAUAGUCUGUAGAUUACCACUUGCAUGGGUACAUAUGAAUUAGGAUCAGGUGUAGGCGAUUCUGUCCCUCGAGCCUACUGUGCCUUUUGACAAGAUUAUAGCUGAUGUGAUCGUAACCUCAACCCUACUUUCCCUUUGACUUCCUAUUACUCAAGUAAAUAAGUAUCUCUGCCUCAUUAAUAUUUAAUGACGCAGCCUCUCCUACUAUCUGGGAAAGAGAAUUAAACAAACUCCUGCCCCUUAGUGAAAACAUUUCUCUUUAUUUCAGUCUUAAAUGGGAGACUCCUCUCAUUUAAACUGUUCUUUGGUUCCUAUUUCACCCACAAGGAGAAACCAUCUUCUAGCAUCCACCUGGUCAAGUUCGCUGGAUCGAUCACCCUCCUAAAAUCCAAUAGAUACAGGUCCAACCUUCCACCCACCCCCCAAUCCCAGGAAUCAGUCAAGUGAACAUUCUGUGAAAUGCUCCGAUCUGAAUCAAUUUUGAUGAUGGGUCACUCAACCUGAAAAGUUAACUCUGUUUUGCUGUGCACAAAUGCUGCCUAACGUGCUGAAUUUUUAAAAUAAAUUUUGUUUUUCAUUUAAAGUUUCCGGUAUCACAAUAUUUUGCUUUUGCUUUUAGUACCUUAAAUUUGAUUAUUGCACUAGAUUUCACCCACAAUUUUUCUGCCUAUAUCAUUGGUACCAAUGUGGACCAGUGGCUCUCGCUGUUUACCAGCUUGGUCCUCUGCAACCACUGAAUGACAUAAUUGAUCUUGGUACCAGGAAGACAACAUACUAUGCUGGAUUCAGUUGCUCAAGACUCAUGGCUGCGGCAAGGGUGAUCUGGACGUUUUAUUUUCCUUUUGUUUCUGUUUCUUUAACUUCUGCUCUUGUUUUUAAUUCUGGCUAUUGUAUUCUAAGAUGGUGCUGGAGGGUGGCUGCUGUGUACACUUUUCACGGUACUCCUGUACUCUUGUACUCUGGUACAUGUGACAAUAAAAUCUGAUCAAAUCAAGCAGUCAAAUUGAGCAUGCUGCCUAAAUAUAAGGCACACUGCCUCUUUCUUUUUGUUAAAACCAGAUAAUAGAUUUUUAAUAUUUUCACAUCCCAAAACUAUAAGUUUUCAGGAGCUAAAUCUCCCUCAUUAUUUCUGAAUUUUGAGAGUCUGUAGUGCUGUAAAGCUUUUGAAGGAGGCCCUGUGCCCAGAAAAUACACGUAAUGCUGUACAGUAUGUGUGUAUAUAUAUAUGCUUUUUAAAAUGAAUUUAUAUUUUGUGAACCAUGGGUAAUUAGUAUGUGAUUAUUACCAUCUUUUAGCCAAUACUGACGGCUAAGAAAGUGGGUUCUUUGAAAUUGUAAUAUAGGUCAACGUUCUAACAGAAUAAUAAACAUAUGGUACAUACCUUA